AGAGUCGCACACACCCACACACACACACACACAAGCAAACAGCGACAUUAGCUCGAGUGCAGCGAAUGAAGCUGUUGCUGCUUGCUCGCAGGAUAAAAGCCAAGGGACGCUGCCUGCACUUCCGCAGUCGCUGGCCAAACGCGCAGCUCGCAAGUCAAAAAUCAAAUAUUCAUUUCAAUUUUUUUUUUUCCUUCUCUUGGAUGCCAUAAAUCGUGUGCAGUUUUACUAAAACAAUUGUGUGUGUUUUCUAUAGGCAUAAUACUAUUUUUUUUUUCAAGUACUCAAAUUGUGACAUAUAAUUGUGACAAUUCUAAAAGAAGUGCUAAAAUUGUUAAUUAAUUAAUGGCUGGGCCAUUCAUAUCGCCGCUACCGGGCGAUCUGCUCACCGAAUACAUGUUCGGACGUCGUCGACAGCGUCGCAAUCGAACCACGUUCACGCCACAGCAGCUUCAGGAGCUGGAGGCUCUCUUCCAGAAGACCCACUAUCCGGAUGUGUUUCUGCGCGAGGAAGUCGCAUUGCGCAUCAGCCUCAGCGAGGCGCGCGUCCAGGUUUGGUUUCAGAAUAGACGCGCCAAAUGGCGCAAGCAGGCGCGUCUGCAACUGCUGCAGGAUGCUUGGCGGAUGCGUUGCCUCAGCCUGGGCACGCCGCCAGUUAUAGCCGGAGCUGGAGCUGGAGCUGGCAGCCGGCCGCCCAGUGCAACGUCAGGCAGUGGCAACAAUCAAAUGCCAGAGAAUCUGUCGUCGGCGGGCAGUGUCACUGGAGCUGGAAAGGAUGGGCUGGGCAAUGAGACGGGGGUUGGCGAUGUGCCGCUGACCAAUGGACAAAGUGCUGCGGCCAAUUUCACAAUGAUGCAUCCGGCAUUCCAGCAGCAGCAGCAGCAGCAACAUCAACAACAGCAGCAAUCGCCGCUUGGACAGUCGGAGCAUGAGAAGCUUUCGAAAACCUACACAGAACUGAAGCUCUACAAGGAGACGACCUCGCAUGGCGUUUCGCAAUUGGAUUUGGGCGGCAUGGCAGCGUUGGCACCCACCUCUGAUGAGGGCUCUGAUGGCUCCGAUUCCGAGGAAAUAGAUCUCACCUCGGGCGCCUGCAUUGAUUUCUCACACAGCACCAAAUUACAACAACAACAACAGCAGCAGCAACAAGCAGCGGCAGCCGCGGCUUUGGCUGCCACACAGUCACAGAGUUCGAAUGGCGUGCAUUAACCAGCAUUUCUGUUUAUAUCUACAAUUCCUCUCAUUUGAUUUAGAAAUACAAAUGCAAUUUAAACAUAAACGAAACAAGUUCAACUUCUUAUUUGAAUUCAAAUGUGCGC